AUGUCGAAUAAACAAUCAUCUCAGCUCAUUUCAUUGCACAAAGAUGGUUUAUACCUUCUAGACCUUAAUGAAACCACGUCUUUGAAGCUAAACGUGCCCUUUACAUUACCGGCCCAAACUGAACCAGUCUGUAUUCUUUCUUGCCGUGGAGUGAUAUGUCUCACCCGCAAAGACAACAAUGAGUUAGCUAUUUGGAAACCUACUUCAACAAAAUUCAAGAGAGUACCGAUGAUUAAACGGGGUCAAACCCAAAAUCUUUUGGGAUUCGGUUAUGACCGGGUUUUAGAUGAUUACAAAAUUGUGACGAUUAUCGACAAGAAAACCUAUAUCUUUACGUUCAAAGAAAGUUCUUGGAGAGAAAGCAAACUAAUUCCCUCUAGUGAUUGCUUCUUCAAAGAGAGGACCGGUACGGUUGUCGACAAUUGUAUGUAUUGGAUAGCAAACCGGUUCAACAAAGAAAAAUUCAUCUUAUGCUUUGAUUUCGUUAAUGAAGAGUACUCAAAACUAAACGUUCCGAUGAUGCUAUCAGGAUUGGAGUUCAAUUCAUGGUUAGAUGUUUCAAGGGGAGAACUAUGUGUUAUCAAUCACUACCCAAGUGUAGAUGACAAUUUAUGUGUAUGUCGACGAGAAAUUAGAAGCGGCAAGAAGAUUGCGAGAUGGGAUAGCGACCCGUGGAUGAAUGUAGCGGGAAACGAUGACGAACCCGUUGAUAUUAGGUUUGUAUGCAUAGCAAAAAACGAUGAAGUCUUUGUAGUGGUGCGAUGUCGUAGUAAAGAAGAAGAGGACAAUGUUUUUGUGUACAAUAAGGAACAAAACGAGUUCAUUGAAGUUUUAUUUUCUAGUCAUUUGAAAGUGUUGGGAUGUAUGACUAAACUUAUGUAA